AGUAACGUAAUCAAUUUAUGUAGAGCUUUCAAGAUUUCACUAUUUAUUUUUUCCCGGGUUCUUUUUUUUCCUCAAAAUUCUCAUAUACUUAUUCCCUACUAUACAAAAAUCUGCAUCUUCAAUUAUUUUAUAUAGAGAAAAAAUCUUCGUUCGGUACUUUACCUUUCUCUUCAAUGGAAAAAAGUAGUAAGAAGAAGCAAGUGGGUUCUGCUGAUGUUUCUGCUUCCACUGGUAUUUUCUCUUCAAUUUUCCCACCACCAUCUAAGGUUAUGGGAAGGAAAGCUUCGGCAGCUGAACUCAUACAAUCUCUGGAGAAACAGUCGUCUGGUUGUAGGGCAUGGAACAAAUCAGCUACAGGGCAUUGCAGAUCCAGUAAGGAACAUGAGUCACUUUUUCAAGAUAGAGGGGAAACAUGUCCACUAAGUUCUUCUCUCUUAUAUGGUGGUCAAGAGGACAUGUACAUCAAAUCAUCUGAUGCUCAUAAAACUCUAUCAUAUACUUCUUACAAGAAGGAAGGAGGAGAAUACGAUUAUAGUGGAAACACCCAAUACAGUGCAUCUAGAGGAAACUGGUGGCAAGGGUCACUUUAUUACUAGAAACACGGCUUCCGAUCCCCCAAGACGUGAAUUCCCAUUUAUUUAGUAGAGGAGUUCUGGAAGUCUUGGAAGCAGGUUGCUAUAGAUUUGUUGAAGACUACUAGUACGGCCAUGUGUUGACAGACUCGAAACUUUUUACUCUGGGAUCUCUUGAUGGUUAUUUGAAACCUUAUAUGACAUGGACCUUUUAAAUCUUUUUAGCUCUGUACUGUGCCUUACAAAGCAGGGACUGUGGGAACUAUAUCUCUAUACUCCUUUUAACUCUUCGUAUGCAAUUAAACGAUGUAAAUUUCUGAAUAAGUUCUUGUCAAGACUUGCAUGAAUUGGUUCUUUGGAAAUCUACUGUGCAAUGAACUUGCAUCGCCUAUUCUGAAUAAGAUUGAUGGUUGAUAUA